AUGAAAUACUAUGCUAAUGCAACGAUUGGAAUUGUCGUUGCUGGGAAUCUUACUGCAGGCAAUUCUUCAACUCAGUUGAAUUCACCAAAAGGCGUUGCGGUCGAUCAGUACGGCUCUGUAAUUGUUGCAGACAGUUCAAACUAUCGAAUUCAACAAUUUGUUUCUGGUUCUAUGAUUGGGAUUACAUUGGCGAGUAAUAGUUCAGUAAAUCUUCUUGGUCAAGUUCGAGAUUUGCAUAUCGAUGUUAAUAACAACAUAUACAUUACUGAUUCAGAUCAUAGUCAAGUAGUGAAGUAUUAUCCAUACAAUAGCAUUGGCGUAGUUCUUGCACCGACUAACGGAACAGGCUCAGGAGCCAACCAGUUAUCAGCUCCAUAUGGCAAUUUUAUAGAUGGUAAUGGAGCAUUGUACAUAGCCGAUGCUGGAAAUCAUCGUGUGCAAAUGUGGCCCGCUGGUGCAACAACUGGAAUUACCGUAGCCGGUAUUACUGGUUCACCUGGUUCCAAUUCAUCGCAAUUGAGAAAUCCAUAUUCUAUUAUUGUCGACAAUAAUGGCACCGGCAAUGUUCAUCAUGUACCAGUUCACUUAUUUCUAGACUGA